UUAAUAUCUGCAUAUCCAAAGAAAGAGAAAGCUUAUUAAGUUUGUUGUUUCUUUCUUUCUUGGAUUGAAUAAUUACCAUGGCAACUCCACCAGGGCAAGGUAGUAACAAUGUUUACUCCUUCAAGAUCGUCUUGAUCGGUGACGUUGCUGUUGGAAAAACCACUCUUAUUGAAAGUUUCGUUUCCGGUGCCUUCAAGAAUCCUAAUCCCACUAUUGGUUUCUCCAACAAGACCAAAGAGAUAAAUGUUGGUGGGAAGCAAUUGAAGUUUUCAAUUUGGGACACUGCCGGACAAGAGAGAUUCAAAGCAAUUACGGCUAAUUAUUAUAGAGAUGCCGACGGGAUCGUUCUGGUCUAUGAUGUGACACAGAGAUCAACAUUCAACAACUUAGUUAACAAAUGGAUUAAACAAAUGGAAGAAAAUACCACAAAGGAGAAAUGUGUGAAGAUACUAGUUGGAAACAAAGUUGAUAAAGAAUCUGAAAGGGUUGUAAGUAAAGAUGAAGGAAAGGCUCUAGCAGAAAAGCAUGGAUUAUUGUUUGUUGAAAGUAGUGCUAAAAUUAAAGAAAAUGUGGACAAAUGUUUCCAAGAUCUAGCACUUAAGAUUCUGGACGAAAUAGAUAAUAAGAAGCCGAAGAAGGACGACGCCCCGGAAAAGAAGCCGCCAUCAACACCUCAACCACCCACAGUGAAGCCUGAACCAGCAACACCAACAAAACCUAAAGCAUCAGAAAAACAAUCUUCAUACUCGGCAACACCACCAUGCAAACGCUGUUGCUAA